AUGCCUUUUGAUGUUCGGCGGCUUCCUGUACUAAGACUAUUUAGUAUCUUACCAAACCCUUCAGUGAAUUGGAGGUCUGUGGCUAUUAGUGUAAAUGCGUUGUCUGCUGUUGUCAAGAAUCCAUUGCCAAGAGGCUAUAUCAAUCAACUUCAAUUGUUUCACGAGGUAUUUAAUUUCAAAUUAUUAAGAUAUAGCAGCUAUUAUUGGGGUCCUAAAAGCACUCGAAAUACCACUCCUAAGAAGAGAGAUACCUCUAAGUGCCUUCAUCUGACAGCUCUUUUUGAUAAUACAUGUAAGGAAGAGUUCCAGUUUACUCUUUCUGAGCAAUUACUUGAGAAAAAUAUAUGUUAUCCUAUUUAUCGGAUCACUUUCAGGCGUGAAGGACAUUGUUUUUGUGCUAGGGAUAUUCUGGCUGAAUUUUCCCUAAUUUACGGUCAUUUCUGCCAGAAUAUCCCUAGAAGUGUCCCGGGACACACUUUCGUACUAGCUUACUUUAAAUAUGUGGUGAAUGUGUGUUUAAAUCUCAAAUGGCAUAAUAGACGAAAUAUUUUAAUUUUACUCAUUAUAAAGAGAGGAAGAAUAAAGACUAACAGACGUAGAUCUGGCAAUAACAACAACAGCAUUAACGGAAUGAGUCAAAAUAAUGAGAUCUACACAAAAUGUACAGAGAAUGAACAAGAAUCAGACGUUGACCUUACCUUUGCCAUGGACACCAAUUUAACGCGUCAGUACAGCUCACCUACGCCUGUUUCUGCUUCUACUGUUGUUCUCUAUCGACAGUUCAGGCAAUCCUAUAUUGGAUCUCAUGGACCAACUCAGUUUGGCAAUCUUCCAGAGUCGAACGAUCUCUUAGCAAUCAAAGCGAACCUAGAAGAGUUAUUGACAUCAGCCGAGACACGCAACCGCCUUCUCAAACGCGAUUUGAAUCAUUUAGAAAAAGACGUCAAGAUCAAUGACAAUGGAGGUAGGCCAGUGUGCUUGAUGGAUCAUCAGAGUAAGAAAGGAUCAUCAGCAUCUUCUGGAAAGAAUAUGGGUGCUAUUCUCGAGCAAAUGAGAUCUAAGCAAGAGAGAUCUUUUGGAGAGAAUGCAAUAGAUGGUAUACACGGGUCAAUGACAAAGGAGCAGAUAGUGCUCUUCAAUUUCGACGCAAGUGGCGUAAAGAUGAUCAUGGAGACACAACUGACAAGCAUGGCAACAACCAGUAGAAGUGCAUCACCUCACCACAUUGUCAAGAUUAAGAAGCUUGAGGGUGAAUCCCCUUUAACCUCUCGCAGUCUAUCACCACCAUCUGUAUCCAAACCACACAGCCAUUCAAAACACAUUACAAACAAGGGAUCUGACGCAAAGAGAGAUAGACAAAAAAAUAAUAAUGACGAGAACCAAUGGAGAUAG